AAGAAUGGCAAGUCCCCUACCUCCCUAUCCUAGAUCAGACACAGGGGAGAAGUUACAUUACUGUAGGGAAUGUGGAAAACAAUUUGAUAGGAAAAGUUCUCUUACUGUACAUGAACGGACCCACACAGGGGAGAAGCCACAUAUAUGCAUGGAAUGUGGAAAGAGCUUCAGUCAGAGUGGCGCUCUACAUUCCCAUCUAAGGACACACACAGGGGAGAAGCCAUAUAAAUGCAUAGAAUGUGGAGAAAGCUUCAGUACAAGUGGCAGUCUAUGUAGACAUCAAAGGACACACACAGGGGAGAAGCCACAUAAAUGCAUAGAAUGCGGAGAAAGCUUCAGUGGCAGUUUAUGUUCCCAUCUAAGGACACACACAGGGGAGAAGCCAUAUAAAUGCAUAGAAUGUGGAGAAAGCUUCAGUCUGAGUGGCAGUCUACGUAGACAUCAAAGAACACACACAGGAGAGAAGCCAUAUCAAUGCAUGGAAUGUGGAGAAAGCUUCAGUCGUAGUGGCGCUCUACAUUCCCAUCAAAGGAUCCACACAGGGGAGAAGCCAUAUCAAUGCAUGGAAUGCGGAGAAAGCUUCAGUCGCAGUGGCAAUCUACGUAGACAUCAAAGAACACACACAGGGGAGAAGCCAUAUCAAUGCAUGGAAUGUGGAAAGAGCUUCAGUCAGCGUGGCGCUCUACAUUCCCAUCAAAGGACACACACAGGGGAGAAGCCAUAUAAAUGCAUGGAAUGUGGAGAAAGCUUCAAUCAGAGUGGCCAUCUACGUAGACAUCAAAGGACACACACAGGGGAGAAGCCAUAUCAAUGCAUGGAAUGUGGAGAAAGCUUCAGUCGCAGUGGCCAUCUACGUACCCAUCUAAGGACACACACAGGGGAGAAGCCACAUAAAUGUAUUGAAUGCGGAGAAAGCUUCAGUCUCAGUGACAGUCUACGUUCCCAUCUAAGGACACACACAGGGGAGAAGCCACAUAAAUGUAUUGAAUGUGGAAAAAGUUUCAGUCGCAGUGACAGUCUACGUUCCCAUCUAAGGAUUCACACAGGGGAGAAGCCAUAUAAAUGCAUGGAAUGUGGAGAAAGCUUCAAUCAGAGUGGCCAUCUACGUAGACAUCAAAGGACACACACAGGGGAGAAGCCAUAUCAAUGCAUGGAAUGCGGAGAAAGCUUCAAUCAGAGUGGCCAUCUACAAAUGCAUAGAAUGACACACACAGGGGAGAAGCCAUAUAAAUGCAUAGAAUGUGGAGAAAGCUUCAGUCUGAGUGGCAGUCUACGUAGACAUCAAAGAACACACACAGGAGAGAAGCCAUAUCAAUGCAUGGAAUGUGGAGAAAGCUUCAGUCGUAGUGGCGCUCUACAUUCCCAUCAAAGGAUCCACACAGGGGAGAAGCCAUAUCAAUGCAUGGAAUGCGGAGAAAGCUUCAGUCGCAGUGGCAAUCUACGUAGACAUCAAAGAACACACACAGGGGAGAAGCCAUAUCAAUGCAUGGAAUGUGGAAAGAGCUUCAGUCAGCGUGGCGCUCUACAUUCCCAUCAAAGGACACACACAGGGGAGAAGCCAUAUAAAUGCAUGGAAUGUGGAGAAAGCUUCAAUCAGAGUGGCCAUCUACGUAGACAUCAAAGGACACACACAGGGGAGAAGCCAUAUCAAUGCAUGGAAUGUGGAGAAAGCUUCAGUCGCAGUGGCCAUCUACGUACCCAUCUAAGGACACACACAGGGGAGAAGCCACAUAAAUGUAUUGAAUGCGGAGAAAGCUUCAGUCUCAGUGACAGUCUACGUUCCCAUCUAAGGACACACACAGGGGAGAAGCCACAUAAAUGUAUUGAAUGUGGAAAAAGUUUCAGUCGCAGUGACAGUCUACGUUCCCAUCUAAGGAUUCACACAGGGGAGAAGCCAUAUAAAUGCAUGGAAUGUGGAGAAAGCUUCAAUCAGAGUGGCCAUCUACGUAGACAUCAAAGGACACACACAGGGGAGAAGCCAUAUCAAUGCAUGGAAUGCGGAGAAAGCUUCAAUCAGAGUGGCCAUCUACGUAGACAUCAAAGGACAUACACAGGAGAGAAGCCAUAGAAAUGCAUAGAAUGUGGAGAAUGUUUCAGUCAAAGUAACUUUUCAAAAUAACAAUUCAAGUCAAUAUGGAAUUUAUGUUAAGGGCAAUUACAGGGAAUAAAAACAUUGCUGUGAAGAACCACGACUUAUUUAAAGCAAUGAUUUUAGCCUGGGGAUGGAGAGAUGAAAAAAAUGGAAUCUGGAAAAUUGGAAUAACUAUUUAUUUGAGCAAGUCCAAUCAGAUAUUAUUGCAUGUAUAACCCAAGAAGGUUCACAGGAGGACAAAACAGAAGAAAUUAAAGAGAAAUGGGCAAUUUAUAUGAAAUGGGUAGAAGAAGGUG